AUGCCUAAGUCUGCUUUACGAAAAUGGUGUCAACCUGACUUCCAAGCUCUUCGUGACCACCAGAGUCAGGCUUCGGUCAGUUCUUCAACACAAAACUUAUCCUCGAGCCCAAGUUCUUUCCCUAUCCCGCAGGGUAAUCAACCAGAACUCGAGAAAACAAGGCCCUGGAGUAAUUUCGUGGAUAGCGGAUUGCUUAGCGAGGAUUGGCAAGCAGAGGACGACGACGAUAGCUAUUAUAAAUCGCAGAUUCUGAAUGCCUUUGGGCUAGAGCAUGUUCCUCAAACACCGAUUCUCUGGCAGCACAGCACGGAUACACUCGCUGUGCUGUGUACCACCGGGGUUUACGGGUUUGGAAUCGACUUUGAGUGUGGGUUCUUAAUAUCAGAUACUGUUGAAGGGGCUAUACAGUACAUGACAGUCUACGGCACACGGCAACAAGGCCCAACAAGGAGAGCACACGGGUUCUACGACGUUACCGCGGAUGAUAUCUUCGGAAAUAAAUUCGGAGAUGACCUAUUAAAUUCAGACGGAUAUUACGACUCUGGGUUCGAGGACUGCUCGGAUGACGAUGAGUUCUGGGAGUCAGGAGUCGAUAUCCGAGUCCUUUCAAAUGUCGCCCUUGCGUAA